AUGAAAUACUCGAUUGACUUUAUUCGUAUUGGGUGGACAAGGCGUAUUUCAGAUCACUACUUUAGUUCUGCAUGUACGAUAUCAUUACUAAGAGGACCUAAAUUGAUUCUUGUUGACCCUGGUAGUCCAUGGGAUUCGCAGUGGCUUCUUUCUCAGCUCUCAUCUCGUGGAGUAAAUCCUUACGAUAUUGGUUUUGUUGUUUGUACACACGAUCACGUCGAUCAUAUUGGAAGCUUACAUAUAUUCCCAAACUCUACUCGGAUUGUGGGCGAGAAUUUCGAAGUUCAAGGUCUUAAAGAUUGCUUCAGUAUUCUCAAAACGCCUUAUGAGAUCGACUCCUUGAUUCAUAUAAUAUCUACACCUGGGCACACUUUGUCAGACAUAUCAGUCAUUGUGGAGGAUAUUGACCAAUUCGGUCGUGUUGCCAUAGUGGGUGACUUGUUUGAAUGUGAGCAAGAUAUUAUUGAUCCAUCUUUGUGGCAUUCAUCUAGUAACGAUGUAAGCAUUCAACAAAAAAACAGAGAAUUCAUUAUCGAUAACUUUGACUACAUUGUUCCAGGUCAUGGACCAGCCUUUAAAGCUACUAAAAGGUGGCAAAACUAA